AAUUCAGGGUGAAUUGAUGCUUUUGGCAGGUAACGGCAUCGUAUUUAUGUUCGCCUGCAGUGUCAGUGUAGCCUUUUGAUUCGUGCGGGCACUCACUGCGACCAUCUGCCACUCACGGCACAGAGAGGGGAGCGCACUGGAGGGGGACCCUAUGUAGAGAGCAUAAAUAGGCGGAUUUUAGAGGCAUUAACAUCAUUCUCUUUGAAUACUUCGUUGUGUUUACUUCGUUAAUUCAACACAAAAUAGAAAAUGUCAGGACGUGGCAAAGGAGGCAAGGCGAAGGGAAAGUCAAAGACCCGCUCCAACCGGGCCGGACUCCAGUUCCCAGUGGGUCGUAUUCAUCGUCUUUUGCGCAAAGGAAAUUACGCCGAGCGUGUUGGUGCAGGUGCUCCAGUGUACCUAGCCGCAGUUAUGGAAUACUUGGCUGCCGAAGUCUUGGAGUUGGCCGGAAACGCAGCUCGUGACAACAAGAAGUCGAGAAUCAUUCCCCGUCAUCUCCAACUCGCCAUCAGGAAUGACGAGGAAUUGAACAAGCUCCUCUCUGGAGUCACCAUCGCCCAGGGUGGUGUUCUCCCCAACAUCCAAGCUGUUCUCUUGCCCAAGAAAACCGAAAAGAAAGCUUAAAUUUGUCAUACUCACCCUCACAAAACAAU